ACACCAAUAGGUGUAGUCUGCCAUAAAAAUUUAAAGAAGAAGAAGAAAAGCGAGCUGAGGCAAGCAAUGGAGUGGUAGAUGAAGUGCUGAAUAUUACAAAAACGACCGCAACACUUCAAUUCUCUGCGCGUGUCAUCCACAGCAACCUCCACUAUGGACAGCGAUGACGAUAUGGAAGAAGUCGUUGAAGGUACGGAAAAGGCUGACAAACUCAUAUGCGUCGUUUUGUGUGUAUUUGUUUUAAUAUAUUUUCCGGUAAACUCUCCGCAUAAUAUACCGUGAACAAAUUGAUGUUAUGGUUUUAACAGGCGUUGUGGGCCCGUCGCGCCCGGGACUUUAUUUCCGAUGGAAGCCCACUCUUCGGGCGUGUGAGGCAGCAGUAUCGACACAAAUGUGGGCCUCUGUGCUUUGACACUUGAGUUAAAAUGCAUGAGAUUGAAAAAGUAUUAAAUUGUAUUGUAAACUAUUUGCGUGCGCUCUGGGUCACGUAGGCUACGUCGGUAUGUGUGCCAAAAUUGUAGACUUGACUUAAAGUUUGUCGUAUUAGGUGCUAUGCGAAAUCCGUGACACUUUAUUAACCGUAGGCCUUCUUGAUGUUUUAUCACACAAUUGUUACUUUUAGAAAAUAGGUGUUAUUCACAGUAGCCUACAUGUGCUGACGCCGUAACGUUGUUUUUAGAGAAUAUCAGAGGUAAUUCUAAAUGCAUAGUGUCGGACGACCGCGUGCGUGCGAGUUCUUGUGCCUGCAUGUCUACACAAUUCCAUAUUAUGUGGGUGAUUUUGCAAAUACGGGCCUUUUUGUGUCUCAUGAUUAUAUUUUUAAGAGAAAAUGUGAAUUUAGAUUUUUUUAUUUCACAUCCAUUAAGUAGACUAAAAUAACCGUAAACUUUUUUUUCCAGCUUUCAAUGUGUUUUUUUAUUUUGUUUUCUGAAGCUUUUCAUGUCUGUAUUUCACUGUUUUGCACUGUUUUUGUCCUGUCUCACACCGACUUUUGACAUUUUGCUAUGUAUUACACUUAAAAGUCUUUAUAAUUAGAAAAUAAUUAAUGCACCUGUUUAAAAAAAAGAGUCAAAUAAAUGGAAACUAUAUACAUAUUAGAUGUGCAUAAGCCACUUGUUACUUUUUUAAACAGAAAAUACAGUCGUCUCUAAGUAUUGGGUCAUUACCACCACAACAAGCAAAUUACAUGAUAAUAACGUUUUUUCAAAAGUCUGUGUUCUUGGUUACCAUGGAUGUGAAAGUGGCGCACAUGGAUGUCAUGGAGGCAGAUUCAAAUGUUGAUGCCGGGAAAUGAUAGAAAAAUAAAGGUGAAUAUGACUUGAGAAGAUAAUAUUUUUAUUGUACAUCAUUACCAAAUAGGCUAUAAUGUCAUCAAAUAAUGUCAGAUUUUUGAAAUUAUGUUUUAAUUAUAUGUAGGAUACAUUGUAUACUAGCUGUUCAACUGGAGUUAGCAUGCUAGAAUCCCUGCUAUUUAUGACCAAAUACUGUAAAAAUGUCAUUCCCACAACACGUCAUUACCACCACAUAAUGAACUGGUAAUGACUAAAUGUAUUAGUUCAUACAUUUUUACUAACCUUAAGACCUGAAAAGACACACAAAUUACAUAUAUGAUCAUGGUUAAGUUGAAAUUGAACACUUAUUUGCUAAAUAAGACUAUUACAUUUUGUAUUAUGUUAGGAUGAUUGAGUGAUUUGGAUGUCUUUUUAUGUGACUUACUAUGGUUAUUACUGAUUUAAUAACAAUUAUUUAUUUUUUCUAUAAGAUGUCCUCUCCUUGGUUGAUUUAGGGGGCAAGGACAUACAUUUGUAUAUAUAGUAUAUGUGGACACACCUUCAAAUUAGUGGAUUCGGCUAUUUCAGCCACACCCGUAGCUGAAAGGUGUAUAAAAUCGAGCACACAGCCAUGCAAUCUCCAUAGACAAAAUCGAGCACACAGCCAUGCAAUCUCCAUAGACAAACAUUGGCAGUAGAAUAGCCGGUACUGAAGAGCUCAGUGACUUUCAAUGUGGCACGGUCAUAGGAUGCCACCUUUCCAACAAGUCAGUUCGUCAAAUUUCUGCCCUGUAAGUGCUGUUAUUGUGAAGUGGAAACAUCUAGGAGCAACAACGACUCAGCUGCGAAGUGGUAGGCCACACAAGCUCACAGAAUGGGACCACCGAGUGCUGAAGAACAUAGCGCGUAAAAAUGGUCUGUCCUCGGUUGCAACACACUACCGAGUUCAAAACUGCCUCUGGAAGCAAUGUCAGCACAAUAACUUUUAGUCGGGAGCUUCAUGAAAUGGGUUUCCAUGGCCGAGCAGCCGCACACAAGCAUAAGAUCACCAUGCGCAAUGCCAAGCGUUGUCUGGAGUGGUGUAAAGCUAGCCGCCAUUGGACUCUGGAGCAGUGGAAAUGUGUUCUCUGGAGUGUUGAAUCACGCUUCUCCAUCUGGCAGUCCGACAGACAAAUCUGGGUUUGGCGGAUGCCAGGAGAACGCUACCUGCCCCAAUGCAUAGUGCCAACUGAUAAGUUUGGUGCAGGAGGAAUAAUGGUCUGGAGCUGUUUUUCAUGGUUCGGGCUAGACCCCUUAGUUCCAGUGAAGGGGAAUCUUAACACUACAGCAUACAAUGAUAUUCUAGACGAUUCUGUGAUCCCAACUUUGUGGAAACAGUUUGGGGAAGGCCCUUUCCUGUGCACAAAGUGAGGUCCAUACAGAAGUGGUUUGUCGAGAUCGGUGUGGAAGAACUUGACUGGCCUCCACAGAGCCAUGACCUCAACUCCAUCUAACACCUUUGGGAUUAAUUGGAACGCCGACUGCGAGCCAGGCCUAAUCGCCCAACAUCAGUGCCCGACCUCACUAAUGCUCUUGUGGCUGAAUGGAAGCAAGUCCCCACAGCAAUGUUCCAACAUCUAGUGGAAAGCCUUCCCAGAAAAGUGGAGGCUGUUAUAGCAGCAAAGGGGGGACCAACUCCAUAUUAAUGCCUGUGAUUUUGGAAUGAGAUGUUCGACGAGCAGGUGUCCACAUACUUUUGGUCAUGUAGUGUAUAUAAACAAAAUCAAACAAGAUCCUAUAAGAUACCAGGAGUAUCUUAAGAAACAAAAAGAAAGAUACCUCAAGAGAAAAGAAAGUGGUGUGUUGUGAAAUAUGAUGAAGACCCUUACCUGGUAUUAUACAAGAUGUUGAUGCAGAGAGCUGCGCUCUAGUCAAAACCAUGAGUCGUGUGGGAGCCAACCGAUUAUUUUGGCCAAUGAGAGAGGACAUUGUAUGGUACCAACCAGAGAAUGUGCUUGGGCUUGUCCCUGAGCCUCAUCCAGUGAAAAAAAACGGCAUGUGAUGCUUGAUGGCGCAGUCUGGGAGGAAAUUUGGUCUCUCGUUAAGCAAUAGAGAGCAUAAAAAUGUUGAGUGAGCACACACCUGUCUCGUGUCUGAAUUAAUAGGCUGCAGCCAGUGAACAAUAAUUUGUUUAAUGUCAACCAGUGUUUCCAACCUUGUACAUGUAUUUAUGCCUAAUGCAUUUAAUCCCAAAUUGUUCUAAAAUAUGCUUUAAGUUCUUGAGACAUGUAACCUUUGUUUUUUGAGGUUUUGAAUGGUCUGUUCUAUAUCUUCAAUAAAAUUAAACAUGUACAACUGUGACAAAAUGUUUAAUGUUAUUUUUCAUCAGUUUUAUAUUCAAUGUAAUUUCCACCACACGCUGUCAUUACCACAACACUAAGUCAUUACCAUCACGGUACAUAUUUUUGAGGAAAAGGUGUAUUAAAUUACAAUUAAUAUUGAUGAUUUUUCCCAUAUGUGAACCUUAUAUGCAUGUUCUUAAGAUAAUUCCUAAAAUAAUGUAAAAUAUUAAGAUUUUGAUUUGGUAAAUACAUGUUUCUGAGUAUCAUCAAGGCAUAUAUAGACAUUUAGACAUGACAAUGAUGAAUACAUAUAAUUAAAACUUCCAAAUAGUAAAAAAUACAUAAUUUAAAAGAAAAACGUAAAAUGUUAUAUAAAAUACCAUAGGCACAAUUUCUGUAAUUUCCUUUUCAACUAAAAUACCACAUUUUAUGACGUGGUGGUAAUGACAUUUACCCUCGGGUAUUUGGGGAAACCGAUAAAAAUCUUUAUAUUCUUAAAAAGUAUGGUCUCAGCCACUAUUAGAUCUUGUUACCAGGCAGAGUGAAGAAAAUAUUCAUUUUCAAAAACAUUUAACAUCCAAAAGUACCCGUAUUUGCAAAAUCAACCAUGUAGCUGCUGGCACCUGAUUACUUGGAAUUUUUGUGAAGGGGUUGAGUUAAACUAAAAUUAGAUACAGCAGACAACCAUUAGAUUCGGCUCCAACACCCUCAGAACCAACUAAUCUUAAAGCUCCCACCCCAUGGCCCAAAAAGCAAUUAAUAUCAGUUGAUGUGGUCCUGAUAGCGUGCGGAAAAAAGGGCUAAUUUUAAAUGUCUGGAUUAGAGCUUUGAUCGGCCUUAAUACUUCAUUAAUGCUUGAUUCUGCUCACAUAGGCUACUCAUUUAGCUAAAAUGAUCACAAGAGCAGAGAAAGGCCAGUGCCUUUUGCAACCCGCACAUUAUUUACUGCACACACUGUAUGUAAUUGUUUGAAACCUGGACGUUUUACCAAAUUAAUAAGGCAUGUCUUACCUUGCUUCAAAGUAGCCUAGCCAAAAUCCGACCAUAGAAACGAUGAGGGAAUUAUUACUUGUAUGCCAUUGAAACCAGCAUUUCUCUUGGUUUCCAAAUCAACAUUUCUUUCACCAGCCAGAGGCACAAUCCUAGUCAUAUUGUAUGACUAGGAUUGUGCCUUUGGCUGAUGAAAGAAAUGUUGAUUUGGAAACCAAGAGAAGUAAGGUAUAGUACUACCAACCCUAAAGUGGUGCUGGCAUAGCACACAAGUGGUCAGGUUGCCCUAAAAUUAUCAGGCUUGGAUCUGGAUCAGAACAGCAAGCAAAGCAAAGGGUGCAUUUAUCAUCUGGGCCCAGUUUUUCAAAAGUUAUCUAUCUGGUCGAUUUCGCCUAUCGGAUAGGAUUAAAUGCAUAGAAAUAUGAAUGAAUAGAACAGGUGUCCCCAUUCAAGUCAAUGAUUCGUCCAUCGUAUUCGUUCUAUUUCAAUGCAUGUAAUCCUAUCCGAUAGGCAAAAUCCAGAUAGAUAACCUUUGAAAAACUGGGCCCAGAUACAGUGACUUGGCAAUAAUGCAGACUCCUAAAUGUGUGGUUCUAUUUCCGAGACGAUUUGUAGAAAUGGAGACUGUUGAACUCCAAUGUAAGCUGUCUUGUGCCUCUGUACAAUCCUGAUGUGUGUGCGUGUCCAGGCCCUCUGGAUGAGGAUGACCAGCCUCACGGGUUCUGUACAGUCACCUUCUCCUCCAGCGAUCGCUUUGAAGGACAUUUUACACAUGGAGAAAAGAAUGGGAAGGGCAAGUUCUUCUUUUUCGAUGGCAGGUAUGACAGAAAAGCAUACACGGUCCAUUCAAGUGUGACUGUGUGAUCUCUCUCUCUCGCUGUCUCGCUCUCAGGCUCUUAUCUAGCUACCUUGCCUUGCCUUAAUUAACCCUCCCAUAACCCAUCCCCCCUCCCUCCUCCUCCUCCCCUCCACAGCACCUUGGAGGGGUUCUAUGUGGACGAUGCGUUACAGGGUCAGGGGGUGUACUCCUACGAGGAUGGAGGGGUCCUCCAUGGGACCUAUAUGGAUGGGGACCUCAACGGCCCUGCACAGGAGUUUGAUUCUGAGGGCCGGCUGAUGUUUGAAGGCCAGUACAAAGACAACAGCCGCUGUGGGGAGUGUUGGAUCUACUACCCUGUGAGUCAUCAUACUCAUCUGUAACUUGUUGUUAUGUUACAUUACACAAGUUACAUUGAGAUUUCAUAGGGCGUAGAACUGUCUUCUAAAGUUGGCUGCUUUUCCAUAUUCAAAACUGAAGAAUGAAUUGAUUGAACACUCAACUAAUUGCUGUGUGUGUCCAGGACCGAGGCAGUGUAUUUGGGCAGGUGAACGAGGAUGGCGAGAUGACCGGUAAAGCGGUGGCGUAUGUUUACCCAGAUGGCCAAACGGCUCUCUAUGGGAGCUUCGUGGAGGGGGAGCUGAUCGAGGCUCGACUCGCCACCCUGGUUUCCAUGGAGACCACCAGACCACACUUUGACGUUUCACCUGACAGUGAGUGACAUGACACACAGGACAAGUAAACCGGUAGUCAAAUAUAACGCUGUAGGUUUUCUAAAAUCUCAGCAUUUCCUGUUCUUUCUUAGGCCCUGUGUACUCCUAUGAUAAAUCCACUUCCACCUGUAUCGCUACCCACACUCUUCUUCCAGACCCCUAUGAAAGCAAAAGGUAGGUACAGUGCAUUCGGAAAGUAAUCAGACCCCUUGACUUUUUCCACAUUUUGUGACGAUACAGCCUUCUUCUAAAAUGGAUUAAAUAAAAAUAAAAAAUCCUCAUCAAUCUACACACAACACCCCAUAAUGACAAAGUGAAAACCGGCUUUUAGAAAUGUAUGCAAAUGCAUUAAAACAUAUACCUUAUUUACAUAAGUAUUCGGACCCUUUGCUAUGAGACUCGAAAUUGAGCUCAGGUGCAUCCUGUUUCCAUUGAUCCUCAUCGAGAUAUUUCUACAACUUGAUUGGAGUCCACCUGUGGUAAAUUCAAUUGAUUGGAUAUGAUUUGGAAAGGCACACACCUGUCUAUAUAAGGUCCCACAGUUGACAGUGCAUGUCAGAGCAAAAACCAAGCCAUGAGGUCGAAGGAAUUUGUCUAGGUACAGUUCUGGGGAAGGGUACAAAAAAAUGUCUGCAGCAUUGAAGGUCCCCAAGAACACUGUGGCCUCCAUCAUUCUUAAAUGGAAGAAGUUUGAACCACCAAGACUCUUCCUAGAGCUGGCCGCCCGGCCAAACUGAGCAAUCGGGGGAGAAGGGCCUUGGUCAGGGAGGUGACCAAGAACCCGAUGGUCACUUUGACAGAACUCCUCAGUAAAAGGAACAUGACAGCCCGCUUGGAGUUUGCCAAAAGGCACCUAAAGGACUCUGACCAUGAGAAACAAGAUUGUCUGGUCUGAAUGCCAAGCGUCACGUCUGGAGGAAACCUGGCACCAUCCCUACGGUGAAGCAUGGUGGUGGCAGCAUCAUGCUGUGGGGAUGUUUUUCAGCUCCAGGGACUGGGAGACUAGUCAGGAUCGAGGGAAAGAUGAACGGAGCAAAGUACAGAGAGAUCCUUGAUGAAAACCUGCUCCAGAGCUCCCAGGACCUCAGAGUGGGGCGAAGGUUCACCUUCCAACAGGACAACGACCUUAAGCAAACAGCCAAGACAACGCAGGAGUGGCUUCGGGACAAGUCUCUGAAUGUCCUUUGAAUGUUCCAGCCAGAGCCUGGACUUGAACCCGAUCAAACAUCUCUGGAGAAACCUGAAAAUAGCUGUGCAGCGACGCUCCCCAUCCAACCUGACAGAGCUUGAGAGGAUCUGCAGAGAAGAAUGGGAGAAACUCCCCAAAUACAGAUGUGCCAAGCUUGUAGCGUCAUAUCCAAGAAGACUCAAGGCUGUAAUUGCUGCCAAAGGUACUUCAACAAAGUACUGAGUAGAGGGUCUGAAUACUUACGUAAAUGUGAUAUUUCUUUUUUUUUUUGUUGCAAAACAAUCUAAAAACCUGUUUUAGCUUUGUCAUUAUGGGGUAUUCAAGUGUAGAUUGUUGAGGAAAAAAAACAAUCAAUUUUGAAUAAGGCUGUGACAUAACAAAGUGGAAAAUGUGAAGGGGUCUGAAUACUUUUCGAAUGCACUGUAACUCUUAUUAAGUCUAGUAGGUACAAAUUUCUAAAAUUCUGUUUUUACAUAGACAUAUCCUAUGGGUUUACCUUCGGCUGUCACAUAUGAGAGAAGCUGAUCUGAAGUCAGUUUUGCUGUGUCAUUCCCUGUUGUGUCACAGGGUAUUUGUGGCAGACUCACUGAUCUCAGGAGCAGGAGAAGGCUUGUUUGCCAAGAUUGAUGUUGAGGCCAAUGUUGUAAUGGCCUUUUACAACGGAGUACGCAUCACACACUCAGAGGUAAGAGGGAGAGGGAGCUGUGUUUGUGUGUCAAAUCAAAUCAAAUGUUACUUGUCACAUGCUUCGUAAACAACAGGUGUAGACCAACAGUGAAAUGGUUACUUACGAGCCCUUCCCAACAAUGUAGAGGGGGAAAGAUAAAGAAAAAUAAUAACGCAAGGAGUAAAUACACAAUGAGUAAUGUUAACUUGGCUAUAUACACUGGGUACCAGUACCGAGUCGAUGUGCAGGGGUACGAGGUAAUUGAGGUAGAUAUGUACAUGUAGGUAGGGAUAAAGUGACUAGGCAACAGGAUAGAUAAUAAACCGUAGCAGCAGCGUAUGUGAUGAGUCAAAAUAGUUAGUGCAAAUAGGAUCAAUGCAGAUAGUCCGGCUAGCUAUUUGGUUAACUAUUUAAUGUGUGUGUGUGUGUGUUCAUACAAAACCUAAUGUAGCUCUAGGCGAUUAGACUACUAAUGUGUUAUGAGUUUCACAAAGACAAGGUAUGAGCAAUAAUCAUUCACAUGGCAAACCAAAUACUGUGUAUAUAGAUGUCUGUGCUAAACAAAACAUAAUUUUUGAAUUAAAUACUGUUGUUGUUUUUGUUGUUGUUGUUUGUGGUGUUGCCAACGGUGCUUCCCAGGUAGACAGCAGGGAUUGGUCCCUGAACGGGAAUACCAUCUCCCUGGAUGAGGACACAGUGAUUGACGUUCCCCAGCCCUUCCACCAGAUGGACAGAUACUGUGCCUCAAAGGGACACAAGGCCAACCACUCCUUCACCCCAAACUGCAAAUACGACCCGUGAGUAUUAUCCAAGCAUAGCGUGAACAAAUAUGACCCAACCUGAGAGCAACAUGAUGUUCAGGAGGGUACAAUGGUCUGAAUAGUAAAGAUAGAAUUGUCAUGUAUUCUAGGGUUGGACGGUAUCCAGAUGGUCAUACCGUUUGCGUACCAUACCGGUGUAUACAGUAUUACCGAAUGUGCACACAAGGUGCGCUAUUAAUAAUAAAUAAAUAAUUAAAUGCACAAAACAAUUUAGGUAACAGGGAUCUUGAGAUUGAAUGUCUCUGCUGUAACCAUGAAGCUUGAUCUUGACAUCUAACCACUUAGCUAGUAAGGUAGCAAACCAAAUUCAUAGCUGGAGCCCUGUGCUGGAUAUAAUUAAUUUGACACAUCUUACAUUUCUUAGUUAUAGUUAUAAGCAGUGGCGUAGCACGCACCCCUGCAGUGGGUGCCCCCAACCCCCCAACCCCCCAACCCCCCCGAAAAAGUAUAUAUUUUUAACGGUAUUGAAAAUCAGACCGUCGGUAUAAACUAUAUAUAUCGCCCAAGCCUAAUGUAUUCUAUUAUGUUCUAUUUCAGUAUAUGAUCCAUUAUCAAAAACACAUCUGUCUGUUGAUCAUUUGCUUCCUCAGAUUCGUCCACCCUCGUUUUGGGCCCAUCAAGUGCAUCCGCACCCUGCGGGUGGUGCAGAGGGAUGAGGAGCUGACUGUUGCCUAUGGUUACGACCACGAGCCAUCGGGGAAGAGCGGUCCGGAGGCACCAGACUGGUACAAACAGGAACUGCAGGCCUUCCAGCAGAGACAGACUACCAACGGGCAGUAAAAAAACGUACUACUACUCCACUCAAUCUACCCGAACAACUACUACCCCGUUGGACCCCCCUUUUCAUAGAACAAGGGCAAUAAAGCAUCUACCACUCUACUGACACAACUGCUACCCACCUCCCUGCCCUUUGCACAGGAGCAAUAACUCCCAAAAGAAAUAAAAUAAAUUCAAAAUAUUGACGCGGUCGGUGUAACAAAGCAUGUUACUUUCCCGACCUGAACUAGUGUUACCCUUACACCCAAACAUCCUCUUCCUUAACAGUGCUCUCAAUGCAGCCCUGCUUCAACCUCCACCUACUCAUUAAUAACUGCCCCCCUCUAGACUGAACCCCUCUACCUGAGCCCCCAGUCUUGCUACGGCUGCUCCUUGAGGACAAAAGGCACAGCAACAUUGAGGGCUCGGAUCAGACUAUUUCCAAACAUCGAAGGAUUGUUUGAGAGCUUGGCAACACAGGUGGAAGGUGUGAUAUGUCGAUUUGUACGGUAUAGGAAUGGAACACCGCUGUACGUGGAUGUGGGUGAGGGUGCUAUGGAGAUCAGCACUAACCCAGCCACACUUGCACUUAAACACAGGAACCUAUGUGUCACGUCAAGAGACCAAUCAGAUGUAAUGUACAAGGUUUACUGCUGUAUUUGCUGCUCUGUGAGUCUCGUUCUCCCCAGCCUGUGUCUUUUAUACAACCUAUGGACAUGAACUCGUGGUAUGUGGAGUGUCCUUGAUAUUAGUUUGGUAAUUGAGAUCAAGUUAGACCCUUAUUCCUUUUACUCCACUGUGACAGUGUGUUAGUGUGUGUACUGGCUGUUUAAACAUUGUCUCUGUGUGAAUCUGAAUAGGUUUGAAGACAUUGGCUUUGCCAAAUCAUUUCCCCAACAUCACCUGAGUAUAGUAUAAAUCAUGAUCUGAAUGUCCUCUUCAGCCACUUACAGUAAAUUGACAUGGUUGGCCUUCUAACCUUUUUUUUGACAUACAUUAAAUACUAACCAAUGAUAUCUAUAGUUCAUUAGUUACAUUUAUUUAUCAACACUUUUCUCACCUUUUGGUUGGUGUUAUUGUCAACUCUGCACAUGAUUCAGACCAACAAGUGAGCUCAACUUUGGAGACUGUUUAAAUACUCUGGGAGAUAAAAAGGUCAACUGUGAUAGCAAUAGCAAUGGUAAACUCGUAAGUAGCCCAGACUAAACACAAAUAAAGACAACAUGAACCAUCCAUCUGUGACUUGCUUAGAUUUUUUUAUUCUAAUGUGCUAGUUUUAACG